CACACCAGAAGCAAACCGGAAGCAGUAGCUCCAAGAACCAUACGAAGCAAUCUCGCCAUUCUAUCCUUCCAAGCAAUGUGUGGUCCGAUCUUACCCAAACACACCGUCCCGGUGGGAGGGAUCGGACGCCGAGCACGGCAGCAGGUUUAGCAUCCAGGCACGAAGGGUAACAUAUCUUUAGUUUAGGUUUAAACCAUUUUAUCAGUGCCGCAAGCGGUACGAAACCAACCAAAGGUACACCGAGAGGCAGCUAUCGGACAAUCUCUAGGAUGAUUUGCUGGACUUUGUUGCGAGUAACAAUAGGUUACGUUUAUCAAAGACCAGAGAUUGUUUCUAUUUACUGUAGGUUAAACGGCAGUAGCUUUGUGAAUGAUAGUUCUCUGACCAAUUAGUUCUCCCAAACUCUCUUUCGCAAGGCUUUCCCAAAAAUUUCAUUUCUAUCGUAGAUGUGGAUGCAAUAGAAGUGAACUUUCUUGAUCCUGAGGGAAAAGAGUGUGAACGCCAAGCCUGUCUGUCUGUCGUGAGUGUGUUUGUGUGUAUGAUUGUAAUGUAAAGUAAUUAAACAAUUCAGGGCAUCAAGGGCAAGUGGAACUUGGGCCGACCAGUCGCACUGUAUACAGAUUGCACAUCGUCAGUAAAGAUAAAGAUAACUCUCGAAAAUAAUAUAAAUCUCUUCAUUAGAUCCCCGUUCUCUCUACUAGCACCGGAUAAGAACAAAACCGAUAUCGUCUCGUUCAUCACUUCACAUCAAUCCAUACAGCGUGUAUAUGAUACAUUACUGCAAUGAAAAGCAAAGGAACAGAAAUUAUCCAAGUCUGCCUGGUCGCGAAAUACGCGAGAGAUCUCUCCAAUUAUGUUGCAGCUACACCUGAUAAGAUGGCACAGAAGAAGAAAGAUAAGAUUUUCUUCAACUCGUUAAAGUUGAUACCAUGAAAAACCUGUUAUGUUUAUCUACAAUUAGUUGUUAUCAGCCAUACUAUUCUAAUGCUGUUCCUCAUGGCUUGCUGAGAACAGAUAGAUGCAAAGUUUUUUUUAAAGUUUUUAGGUCCGUGUUGGACCGCGAUGAACAUUUCAUAUUUGUUCGUGGAGAGAAACAGAAGAAAAGUGAUUGACUUUGAUCUUAUUGAAGCUUCUUCUGGUGGUGGCACAAACGGCGAGUUAAAGCAUUCAAUCAAUCGUUCAAUCACCUGCGGUGCGUAUAGGGAAGGGAUGUGCUGCGCUGGAGGUGUAACUUUAAAUAAAGAAAAAGAAAAAAAACAUUACGUAAGCAUAAACACGCAUAAACAAGUGAGAAAUCAGCAUCUUUCAUCAAAUUAAGUGAUAUUUUACUGUUGAAGUUGUUAAUUGAGUAAACAUAAUAAGGGUUUAAAAAGAAAAGACAAACAAACUAUCAUAAUAUACCACAUGUGUGCAUGUGCAUGAGGGAUGGGAGAGGAAAGGAAUGAUCACAUGCCGAAUCCAAAGGAUUGCCGGAACAUGGACAAACCCGAGAGCACUAUAUGCGUUGUUGAUGCGAUAUAUUCCGCCUACCACAACCGGUGGACAACAGACAGCAGGCGCCAGGAAUUGUGUUAGGAUUAAGGAGAUAUUACCAUCCGUGAGGAUCCACACAGCAUUCGAUGGAAAUGUAUUCUGUUUGUCACACACAUCUUGGCUCAUUCUUAAAACAUCUAUAUGGUUCUUCAAAUGACCGUGCUCCGCAUUAUGACUCUCUUUACCACUAAUGCUGCUGAGUAUGCCACCCGAUGUACCACCAAACGGUGUUUCACCGUGAGUAGAGAGCUACAAAUGCACUUUCAGCUCUAUGAUCAUAGCGAUCUGAUCAUACUUAACAAAUCCUACUAGCAACGAACAGGAUAACUACCUUGCAGUGAUCGGCAGCGAACAGCAGCAGCAGCAGUUGAAACCAUUUUGACUUUUCUAUGUGUGAUAUUUACCUACGACACAGUAACGUAAUAGAACUCAACCAAUUACGCAUGCAAUACACAUUCGUAUACACUUGAGACAAACGGAAUCAAGUUUCCUCCCAAAAGCACAUCCUCUAUCUAGUCUACUACAGGAAGCAGAACACAACACAACAUAACGUACAAAAAAGGACACAUGCGAACCUCAGCGGGCGGGCUGAAGGACACGCUGAGAAGCAACCAAACCAAAUACAAAGCAGCUGGACGACAUCAUACAACACAAAAGACUAUACAGCCAACCGUAAGGGAGAGAAUGCAUUUUCAUGGCGCCGUGCAGACGAACAAAUCAAUCUCCAUUUAAUAUAUAAAUAUAUACAUGAAAUCCUUAUAUAUUAUACAUAAAAAAUAUAUACAUAUACAUAUACAUAGCUAGUACGUCUAUUUAAAUUUUUCUGGAUGCUGUGGUUCAGACUGACCGCGAUCCACACUGUACUUCUUCACGUGUAUAGAGAGCCAAACAGAUUUAAAACUACUAAAAUUAAAUCACAACAACACACAUUUACAUAUUCACACAAUUCAGCAUAAGCAUGAGCAGCAGCAGCAGCAGGAAAAUUGGUGCGACUAUUAACAGACGAACAUAGAUUCGCGUUGUUCAGAGAAUGAUGUUUAACGGGCAGCAGAGCAAAGUACCGGAAGUUUAACAAAGCAUCUCAGCAAAAAACUGACAUACUUAAGAGUAUUAUACAUGAAUGUUCGUUGAGUUACACGUGGCGUUAUGGGCAGGGGUGUGUUGGAACGGAGGAAUAUAUGUUAAAUAGUACAGUUUACAGUGCGUGGCAUAAUGUAAUUGCUCUCCUGGUUUACACAAUGUUUCGUUCUCGAGAGAUUUCUCAUAGCCUGUUAACUGAUGGAAGCUACUAUAAAGAAUCGAUUACGAGCAAAAUUGAGCAAACAGGCCAAAGGUGCCGCAUCAGCAAACAGUUACUCAUUACUAUACUACUAGUUAAACCACACCGGGCAACCAACCAGAAGCAACCAGAGGUGAACAAACGGAUACGGAGGGUAACCGAAACAAAUCUUAGACAUAUGAAGACGCCACCACCAAACACUGAGAGUACCAUGGAUGAAGAAAU